AUGUCAACAUCAGAAGAUAUUAUACCAGUAACAAGCAAAGAUGAGAAUGUUACAUUUUUCAAAAAGAGAUCAUCCAAAAAGAACAUUCGCAAACGCAAGGCUCCUGUGAAGGCAGAUUCUGACGAUGAUGGCAAUGAUUCAGACGAUGAUGAUGAUCAGGGUGGAGCCGUUGUAUCUGAAGUAGUAACCAAAAGCCGCAAGACUGGAGCAAAUCCAUUCGUACAAAGCACUCGUAAGAGACGAGUGAAGAAGGGAAGUGAUCUGGAUGACGAUGACGACGAUAAUGAUGAGGCAGGUGGUAUUGGGGUUCAAUACGCAGCAGACCGUUCAGCCACCACCAAAAAAGAUGAUGCUGCUACCCGAUACGAUACAGAAUGGGAGUUGGAAAAGAAGGAGUUGGAUAGUAAGAAGGGAGGACCUGCCAAAAAGAAGGAUGUGUUAAAUGCCAAAAUGUCGGUUGGACCUCAACGUGCACCUGCUAAUUUGAGAGUGACUCAACGAUUCGAUUAUCAGCCUGAUAUUUGCAAAGACUAUAAAGAAACUGGCUUUUGUGGCUAUGGUGAUACUUGUAUCUUUUUGCAUGAUCGUGGAGACUACAAGACGGGUUGGCAGUUAGAGAAGGAAUGGGAAGAAGCAUCGAAAAACAACACACGAUUUGGAGAAUCGGCAGAUGCAAACAAAUAUGCCAUUUCUGACGAUUCAGAUGAUGAGGAGCUCCCUUUUGCCUGCUUGAUCUGUCGUCAAGAAUUUAAAAAUCCUGUGGUGACCCGAUGCGGCCACUAUUUCUGUGAGACAUGCGCCAUCAAGAACUAUCAAAAAUCACCCAAAUGUUUCGCCUGUGGUGCACCUACACAAGGCGUGUUUAACACAGCCAAAAAGAUGCUGGCUAAACUUGCCGAGAAAAAGAAGCGUUUAGACGCAGAGAAAUCGAGCGAUGUGGAAGAUGACGGAUUCAUCGAAGGGCUAGAGACAAGAGAUGCAGAUGAUGAUGAUGACGAUAAAUCAGAAUAA